GCUUUGAGAGCACAAGACCAGGAUACUUGAAGGACUAACUGCACCCACACAAUCCUGCCUCUGCUUCCGACCCCAAGGAUUGUCAGGAGAUUGCUGUUCAGUGGACAGGUCAACUUUGCUUUGGAACUUUCUUGGAGAAGAUUUUAGCAGCCAGUAAAGCAUGAAGUCUACAUUAGAGAUUUCCUGUGCUGUCAUUCUGCCAUUCCUCUCUGUGCUCUAUUCAGAGAAAUGUAUUCUGGAAGAAAAAUCUCAGAAACAUAUUGAAGAAGGAGAAGCUUUUGGAAUUGAUUGUUUUCAGCAUACAGACUAUAGCACCUUCUGGUACAGAAAUGGAAGCAAGACUCCUAUAACUAAACCAAAUUCCUCAAGAAUUUAUCAGCAAGAUACUGCGCUGUGGUUUCUGCCUGUGACAUAUCAUGAUUCCGGAUCAUAUGAAUGCAUUACACAGGAUUCAACAGGAUGUUACAAAAAGAAUAUCCAAAUAGAAGUAUUCAACUACAGUGCUUCCCUUUGUUUUAAUGAGAAUCACUUCUAUGAGCAAAAGAUACCAAUCUCAACCAAUGAAAAGAUUGUAUGCAAUUACAAUGACAAUUUGUUAGGACAAGAGCCAGAUGAUUUGUCUAUUAAUUGGUUUAAGGAAUGUAAUCCAAUGAGGGGUGAACGAUUUCGCAUCUCUGAAUCUGAACUUAUAAUAAAUAAUAUCAAUAAAGAUGAUAUGGGAAAAUACCAGUGCAAAGGAUCCUACACUUAUCUGAGGCAUAAAUACAACUUUUCAAGGAGUAUUCGGGUAUCUGUUUUAAAAACUGAGAGGAAGAGAACUGAGAUUCUGCAUCCUAGAAACCAUACCAUUGAAGCUGAACUUGGAUCCAACAUACUUAUAGAGUGCAAUGUCUCAUAUUCCAAAAGCAGCUUUUUUUCUAUUUCCUGGAUGGUCAAUAAUACUCUUGUUGAUUUAGUUUUUAAAGACAGAAUUGAAGAAGGCUUUCAAGAAGACCAUGAAAUUGAAGGAGGACUGCUUUCCGUGGUGCCUCUGACCAUUACAAAGUUGCAGAAUGAAGAUUAUGGCCAGCGGUUUGUUUGCAGAGCUGGUCAAACUGCUGCAUACAUCUCAAUACAUCGUCCAACCAGAAAUCUUACAGGACUUGCUGCACUGGUAUUGUUAAUACUUAUUCCAGUAAUAAUCUGCCUGUUAUUCAAGACUGAAAUUGUACUUUGGUAUCGAAAGUUAUGCCGCCCUUUUUUUCACAAAAAAGUUUUAGAUGGGAAGAUCUAUGAUGCAUAUGUUUUGUACCCAAAAACCAAUACUCAAGAUUGCUUUGCCUUGAAAGUGCUUCCUGACGUGUUGGAGAAGCAGUGUGGAUACAAUCUAUUCAUACCUGGCAGGGAUGAUUUACCAGGAAAAGCUUUAGUCAGUGUUGUUGAUGAAGCCAUCCGGCAAAGCAGAAGGCUGAUCAUUAUUUUGCUACCAGAGCUGCCUAGCCUGGACGAGGCUGCUGAGCAACACAUAGCUGUGUACCGGGCACUUGUUCCUGAUGGAAUUAAAGUCAUCCUGAUUGAAAUGGCUAAAAUAAAAGAUUACAGUCACAUGCCAGAAUCCAUCAGAUACAUCAAGCAAAAACAGGGGGCUAUCAGAUGGAAAGGAGACCUUACAAAGAAAAGCUCUCAUUCUGCAAACAACAGGUUCUGGAAAAGGGUCAGGUAUCGAAUGCCACCUGAACAUCCAAAUUCCCCCGAACUGCCUUUGGUCCCAAUAACAUUCAGUGCUUGUGAACCAACAAGAACAUGACUUCCACCUCUGUUUAUUACAGCUUUCAAAAGUUUGUUUUAAAUAAUGCUUACUGGAUUUAUGUUUGGGUAUGUUAUUUUGUUUACUGCAACAGGAGAGUAAGAACUCAUUCUUUCAAAGUCCCGUACAUAUAAUUCAGGAGUAAUGAUGUCGCCAGUUUCUCCUCUUUUGCAAGAGAGAAAUGCAUGCUUGGCUCAGUUACAGACACAUAUCUGUAACAUCUGUUGUGGUCGUGCUGGUAGCUUGUUCAACAAAGGUUGUUGAAACCUGUCUCACUUCCUCACUCCUGUCAAAAGAAAGCCUGACAAAAGAAUUGGAGGUUUAUAUAAAGCGGGGAUAGGCAACCUGAUGUGCUUUGGAAGUUUAGUUAAGUCCCUUAGGAUCCAUCUACUACACUAGAAUUAAUGCAGCCUGGAACCACUGCAGUUGCAAUGACCCAAUGGGACUUGUAGUUUUGGGAGGCACCAGCACUCUUUGACAGAGAAGCCCAAUGACCCUGUAAAAUCCCAACUCUCAUAAUUCCACAGCAUUGGGCCAUGGCAGUUAAAGUGGUGUCAAACUUCAUUAAUUCUACAGUGAAAAUGCACUCUUCAUACCUGACCAUUGGCUGUAGUGCCUGGGAUUUAUAGGUAUUAUAGUGUCUGCUGCAUCUGAAGAUUGCCAACCCCUGAUGCAAAAUGUUCCCUUUAGAGGGGAAUGUUGCACCUGUACCAUAGGUGGGAAUGUGAAAACAUCAUGACUUAUUUCUCCAAAUCCUAUUGCAAAUCCUCUGAUGUUUCAUACAAUGUUGCCAGUACCAUAUUUACUCAAGUCUGACGCACCAUUCAAUCGUAUGCACCGCUCAAUUUUCAAAACCCAGAAACAAAAACAAAAAAGUAUUUGCUCUUCUAUACACACUCUAGGCAAGGGGAAUUCACUUCCCCACAUCAGGCGAAGGCUGGUGAUGGGAUCAGUUGGGACCUGCUUCAAACUGGCGAGUUCACCAGUCUCGGCCUGUCAGAGGGGCUCUGGGAUGGUGUGUGAAAGAAAGCGGGCCCGAUAAUGCUUCAGGGAAGCAGGCAACAGCCAACAGGCAAGCAGAAGACAUUCCUCUCCAUCAGGCCAAGGUCACCAUUCUCGUGUGAUUCCUAACUGGCCCUUCAACUAUUUUAUGUAAGCUAUUCCAAUGUGCCAUUGAAUCUAAUAAGUACUCUCUAAUUUUGGUUACAUAAUUUAACCAGAAAAGAUAUUCAUUGGAGUCAAGUAAAUACUUCGAAAUGUUAGCCAUUUUUCUUGCAUGGAUUUUGGUAUAUACUUAUCAUAAACUGUUUUUGUAACACUUUUUUAAUGUACCUAUUUUACAUGUUUUUCCAUUACUGAAGAACAUUUGUGUAUAGUUUCUGUUAUACAUCAUUGUUUGCUAUUCAGAAUUUUAAAAUACAGUAGAGUCUCACUUAUCCAACAUAAACAGGCCAGCAGAACAUUGGAUAAGCGAAUAUAUUGGAUAAUAAGGAGGGAUUAAGGAAAAGCCUAUUAAACAUCAAAUUACAUUAUGAUUUUACAAAUUAAACACCAAAACAUCAUGUUAUACAACAAAUUUGACAGAAAAAGUAGUUCAAUACACAGUAAUGCUAUGUAGUAAUUACUGUAUUUAUGAAUUUAGCACCAAAAUAUCACAAUAUAUUGAAAACAUUGACUACAAAAAUGCGUUGGAUAAUCCAGAACGUUGGAUAAGCGAGUGUUGGAUAAGUGAGACUCUACUGUAUAAUACAAUCCCCUGUAUCUGCUGGGAAUACUUUCCAGAAGGUCAUGUGCAUAUACGAAACUGGAGAUAAUAGCAAACCUGUUUGAAACGAAGGACCUCCAUUCCAAGAAUAUCAUAGAUCAUGCUGGAGGACCUAGAAAAUGCGUAAAUUGGUCAUAUUUUGUUGGAAAUGAAUAAAUGAAGCUGUGUGUACAAGUCCUGAAGAUACAGGGGUGAUACAUACAAAACAUACUUCAAGCCUUGCAGAAAUGAGAAUUUCUGAGACAAAAUGCUCUAUGAAAUGGGUAAUUGCAUCAAGAAUUUUGAAUUAAACUUAUUUUCUAUGUUCAAGAUUGACACAACCAAAGAUAUUCAAAGUCUGCUUCUGGUAAUGUUAGUUUUUGGCUGGAAAGUAUGAGGGCUAUCCAGAAAGUAAUGGGUAAUUGCAUCAAGAAUUUUGAAUUAAACUUAUUUUCUAUGUUCAAGAUUGACACAACCAAAGAUAUUCAAAGUCUGCUUCUGGUAAUGUUAGUUUUUGGCUGGAAAGUAUGAGGGCUAUCCAGAAAGUACAUUACG